GCCCUCAGUUUCAGAGACAUUCCUCUGCUGAAAUAUUUUUUGGUGCCUGCAUAAUGUUUGAAGACUGAAGCAGGUUAAAAGCCCCUGUUGAUGAAAUUGGAGGGUGCUGAAGAUGUUCCCAGUAAUUUCCAGCCAUUGCCUUUGGUGGAAUACCCUUCAGAGGAGAGCCUGCCUGCACCAACCAGUGCUGAACAGGCAGCACUUUCGGCAUAUGCAUGUCAAAGUUGGAGACCGGGCUGAACUCAGCAGAGCUUUCACACAGAGGGACGUGGCUAUCUUCUCAGAAUUAACAGGGGAUGUCAAUCCUUUGCAUUUAAAUGAAGAUUUUGCAAAACACACCAAGUUUGGAAAGACAAUCGUACAUGGAGUUUUGAUCAAUGGACUUAUCUCAGCUCUUUUGGGUACUAAAAUGCCAGGGCCAGGCUGUGUAUUUCUUUCCCAGGAAAUUAACUUUCCAGCCCCCUUAUAUAUUGGAGAAGUUGUUUUAGCUUCUGCAGAAGUGAAAAAGCUGAAGCGGUUCAUUGCUAUUAUUGCAGUGUCAUGUUCUGUAACAGAAAGUAAAAAGACUGUUAUGAAAGGCUGGGUUAAAGUUAUGGUCCCGGAAGCUCCCAAAUCCUGAAAUAUGUUUAAAGUUGUAAGUUCAAAUACCAAUGCUAUUGUUAUUAAAGAGUGUCUGAAGAAA